CAAACGCUCAUGACGUGAUAACUCACUAGCGGCCAAAACCCAAACCAGGAAAAAGCACAGGUUACCAUUUUUAGCUUCGCCAAUCUGCCACGUCUUCUUCUCCCUCUGCGCGAGGAAACAGAAGAAGAGCAAGAAUACUGCUCGUUUGGCUCAUUGUAAAUUCUCUCCCACUCUCCCUCUACAUUUUGGGUCUUCUCUUCCAAUACUACACUAACUUCUGCUCUCGUCCACCUCUUCUUUGUACGCGCAUUGCACUGAGACCGACAUUUUUUUUCUGGAUGUUGAUUCCAAUUCCGAAUUAUCCUCGACUCAAAAGGAUUUUGCAUAGCGUAUAGAUUCUCAAGUAGCUAGUAUCGAUGCUGUGUUCGCUAGGAACUGGGAGAAUGGCGGUAAUGGCUAGGCUUCUGGCUGCUGGAAGUUUAUCACAAACCACUGGAGAGGAAAUUGGCGAAGAGAAAUUGGCUACUCAAUGCAUUUACAGAGAAUUACAUGAGGCAGAUGAAGCAAAUUUUCUUGACGAAGAAGAUAUGCAUGUUUUUGGUUUGAAACCUAUGACUGAUUCUUUGGAUUUGGUUUGUUGUAAUGCUUGCAAGAAACCAGUGAAGACCAGUCAGUAUGCAGCUCAUGCAGAACUUUGUAGGUCCUUAAAUUUUGCAGAAGAAACAACACUGGAGCUUGCUGAUAGUGUAGGACACCGGAAACCUCCAAAGAAGGAGCGGAAAAAGUUAUCAACUUCUUAUAUUAACCAAGCUACGCUAGCUGCAGAGCAAAGAAGGUCUGUAUAUAUAGAUGCAAAUGAUAUUACUGUCUCAGAGUCUCAGUUGGAUGCGCAACCUGGAAGGUCAUCAUCCUUCUCCAUGGAUGCAAAGAGAAAUCCUUCCUGUGUGGCAUUUAUGAUGGAUGGUCAAGGAGAAAGUCCUGAACAUACAGACCACUCAGUCUGUAUAAUGCCACCUCCAACAAAACGCUCUAAAUUUGUAUCAAGUCAGCAUCUAUUGGUAUCAAAUGAUCCAGAAGCAGCAUCUGGCCUAACAAAAAUCAGAAGUGCUCAAGAUAGUUUUUCCUUUGGGAAUUUUCAAAUACAGUCAACUUUGAGUAGUGACAUGCCAAAUGAUUGUGGUAUUGUCUCUAAGUUCCCUGGGCAAGCUUAUGGAAAUUGCCUGCUGACAAAAGAUAUUCCAAUUCCCCUUUCUACAAAAAUUUAUUACUCUCAGAGGAACAAUCGCCUUCGGUUGGCAGUUGCUCAUAUGUACCAUGCAUCAUCAGUUAAGGGGCUAACCAGUAAUGUUGCGAGUCCAGAAGUAUCACAGGAAACCAUAAUUCAAUUACCAGCUUCAUCAUGUAAGGGCUGUACACAUGAGCAAGUCGGUGGCCUCAACAAGAAGAGGGAUCCUUCUGCAUGUAAACAUGAUCAAAUUCUUACACAAAGUUCAGAAUUGUGCUUGGAUAAAUCAGGAAGAUGCACACCAGCUACUGGCUUCUUCAAUCAGCUUCCUGUUGAUAACAUUUUGAGGCCUCAGGCCAGUCCUGUUGGAUUGCUCAGAAGCAAAUAUCUUCAAAAGCCUUAUUCUUUUGGAGGCAACUCUGGACAAUCGGUAGGGAAUAUGCAGCAAGCAAGUGGAAGUGUUCCCAUUUUAUAGGAGUCUUUAUGGUGGGAAUUUUGGCUAAUCAAAGGUGUAUUUAGUACACUACAUGAGGUUAGGAUCUAAUUUUGAAAUUGAAAAGACAAAUUGCCAAUUGUCUAUUCUAACCUUCUGUAAUCUGUCUCAUGCUUGACUCCUGACUUUGUUUCUUUUUUUUGGGUCAAAUCCUGAUUCUGUUUAUACCUAUGGAAAGAAAGAAAAUAUGACAAUGUAUCAAUAUUUUAAUCAUUGUACUGUGUCCUAGGAAACCUCAUGUAUGAAGACCAUAUCCUUUAACUGGUUUCAAUAUCACCAGAAAAAGUUCUGGGUUGGCUAGUUGCAGAGGAGAUGGAAAUUUUUAACUUGGCAAGAGAUUCAAAAGUUUCAAGAUCAA